AUGGUCAAUGGAGGAGCUUUCAAGAAGUUCUUUUUUUUUAUACAAGACAGGCUCUACGCUUGCGCAAUGGCAGACGACGACAACGCGUCCCCACGCAAAGGCGCUUCGACGUCAUCUUCAAGCGCAAAGGACCGUCUCGAGCAAGUCUCAUCCCACGUCGCGCCUGACGCGCAGAAGAAGCGACGGAAACGACGUCCUGAUUCCGAUCUUCCUCCCGAUUACUCGGAUAUCCUAGGCCAGAUCGCUGCACUCCGCAAAAUCGCAGCGACGCCUGACCCGAAUAAUAGAGGUUAUGUGCGGCAGAAGCAAGCGGGCAAGCUGUGGGUGCGGGAGAGGGUCGAACAACUAUUGGACCGUGGGAGCUUCCAGGAAGUGGGCAGCGUGAGUGGGACAGUAGAAUGGAAGCAGUUGGGAGGUAUCAAAGAAGAGCCUGAGGAGUAUGUGCCGAGCAACAACGUGCAGGGCUUUGGGAAGCUGAAAGGAAGGAAGAUCGUGUUUACGGCAGAUGACUUCUCGAUAAGGGCGGGGCAUGCGGAUGGAGCAUUGAUGGAGAAGACGGUAGUUUAUCUCGCAUAA